AAAUUGAUGAGAUGAUUGUUGAUCAAAUAAUGUUCAUCGUCAAAUAUAAAUAUGGUUGUUGUUGUUGUUUCUAACUAACUAACACUGUUCACAAUUCAACAAUCUCGAUGAUGAUUAUCAUUAUCAUCAUUAUUAAUUAAACACAAAAUUAUCAUCAUUUCCAUUAUUAUAUCUCAUUUAUUUUUUUUUCCGGUCAAAAAUUUACUUCAUAUCAUAACAUAUAUUUUUUUGAUAUAAUCAGUGUUUGUGCCAUUUGAAAUAUUCAUUUAUCCAUUUUCAUUUGAUUGAUUUGUUUUUUGUCAAUCAAUGUGUUACAAUCAUUGUUCAUCAUUAUUAUUCGAUGAUAUUGUAGAACAAAGAUGUUCGACAUUGCCAACAUGAUUGGCAUUACUGCUGAACAUCUUUGUGAACUUUUAGGUCAUUUUCAUCAUCCAUUGACCGAUCCACAUCAUAAUCAUCACCAUCAUCAUCUUCAUCAUCUUCAUAAUAACCAUCAGGAUAAAUUACAGCAUUCAAGAAUACUUUUGAUUGAUUGUCGAUCAUUUCUUGCUCACAAUGAAUCACAUAUUGUUCAUUCGAUUAAUGUUUUCUGUCCACCAUUUUUAAGGCGACGAAAUGGAACAAAACCAUUGUUGAAAACUUUAUUUUCCGAUAAUUUGAUUCAAGAUCGUCUUAUAACUGACUAUUAUUUUCAUGUAAUAUUGUAUGAAGAUCAUGAUUUAACAUCAGAUUCAAUAUCAUUUUAUAUUGCACGAUGUUUACAAGAGGAAGCUGGGAUUAAAUAUAUCAAUUAUUUGGAAGGUGGCUUUAAUCGUUUCCGUAAUCGAUACCCUUUAUUUUGUACGAAUACACCGAAACCGGUGAUGUUGACGAUGAAACCAUCGAAAACAAGAAUGAUGAAUCGAACAAAUCGACGGUCCAAUUAUCAAUAUAUCCAUACGUGGCCAUUCCGAUCUAAAUCGAAUAAUAAUAAUAAUUAUUUCAAACCAUCGACACCAACAUCAUUAACAUUUUAUGAUGAUUUUCCAAGAAUAUUUUUUGAGGAUCAAACCGAACCUGCCGAAUUAUUACCGUAUCUUUAUCUGGGCAAUGAAUGUCAUGCAUCGUCGAAAAAUUUAUUGCUUAACCUAGGCAUAACCGCUGUGUUGAAUGUAUCACAAAGUUGUCCAAAUCAUUUUGAAGAUGAAUUCUUCUAUAAACGUAUACCUAUCAGUGAUUCUAAAUGUGAUGACAUCACCAUUAGGAUUAAUGAAGCUUUAAAUUUUAUCGAUGAAAUGAAAGAAGAUCGAAAUGGAAAAAUUCUUGUUCAUUGUCAAGCGGGUAUAAGUCGAUCAGCAACAAUUUGUAUUGCAUAUCUUAUUAAAAAGAAACGUAUACGUAUGGAAGAAGCAUAUGAAUUUGUUAAAUCCCGACGUCAAUUAAUAUCGCCCAAUUUUAAUUUCAUGACCCAAUUAAUGGAAUUUGAAGAUCAAAUAUUUGCCGAUAAUAAACAGAUCUAACAACAAAAUAUUACGAUCCUCAUUCAUUCAUUCAUUCAUUCAUCAACAUCAUCGAAUAUAUUUACAGACCACCCUUUUUCAUUUUAAACAACUAACAAACGAUCAACUAUACAUUUGGUUUUUUUCGAUUGUUGGUUAUAUAAACAACAACAACUAGAUCAUCAUCAUCAUCAUCCAUUAAGCUGUUGAAUCUAGAAUUCUUUUUGAUAAAUAUCUUUCACAGUUUCCACAAUAUUACCACAUUCAAACACAGCCAAAUCAACCAUCAUAUUGGUCCAUGUUUACGUGUUUUUUGUUUCAUUUUUUUUCUACAUAUAAAUAAUUAAUCAUAUUGUAUCAUCAUUUUCUUAUAAUAAUUACAUAUUUUUGUCAGUCUGACAUGAAAUUUUCUUUAUUUUUCUACAAAAAAAACCAUCAACCACUAGAUAAACACACGAAUAUAUAUAUACAACAUUCACUUUUAAAUUAUAUAUUUUUCUAAAUAUCUAUUUUUCAGACAAACAGAACAAACACUAGUCAUAUUUUUAUUUUAUCAUGUUCUCAUUAAUUAUAAUCCAUUCAUGACAUCAUCAUCAUCAUCAUGAUCAUACACACGUAACGAACGAUUCACAUUCAUUGAUAUUUACAAAAGUUAGCGACAAAAAGUGCCUAAAUAAAUCUAUUGAAUAAAAA